AUGUCGAGCAUUGCCAAAGACGACUACGAGCAAGACAACAAGCUAGGCGCAGAGGGCGACCAGGACAGCGUAGAGCCGACGAGGGACACACCGCGGGCAGCCACAGUUCGCCCUGAGCUGGUGUACACGUCGCCGAAAGCGUUCGCGCGCAGCUUCGCGGCGCGCUGGCGGAGCGUGUGGACGCGGCCGUUCGUGCUGUCGCUCUUGGCUGGCCAGCUGGUGUCGCUCUGUAUCACCUGCACGAAUGUGACGACGACGGAGCUUGUCUCGCGCGGAUGGACGCUCUCGACGACGCAGGGGAUUUUCUUCUGGGCCAUCCCUGUUUGCCUUUUCGUCUCGUGGGUGUACAUGCGGACUAAAUACCACUGGACACAACUUUUGGGUGUUUUUAUCUGCAUCGGCGGACUCGGAUUGCUCGUAGCGUCUGAUGAGAUAACGCAAAAGGGCUGGGAGGCCGUUAGCAGGGCGAAAGGAGACGGAUUUAUGAUUGCGGGUGCGACGCUCUACGGCAUCACCAAUGCGUCGGAAGAGUUUUUGGUGCGCAAGCGACCUUUGUUCGAGGUCGUUGGGCAGUUGGGUAUGUGGGGCUUUGUUAUAAAUGGCAUCCAAUCAUCAGCACUUGAAUGGAGGGGGAUGAAGGAAGUGCCUUGGACUGGAGAUAUCAUUGGACUGUUGAUGGCGUUCACUGCUGCGAUGCUGAUUCUUUAUACCGUUGCGCCUAUGCUUUACCGCAUGGCGUCGUCUGCGUAUUUCAAUCUGAGUUUGUUGUCGAGUGACUUUUAUGGUUUGCUACGUUUACAGCACUACCGGCCAUACUGGCUAUACUUUAUUUCGUUUGCAAUCAUCAUCUGUGGGCUGAUAACAUACUUUUGGCACUCUACUCCCGAGGAACAAGGAAUACUGGACCCGAAAGCACCUUCGUAUAUUGACAGAAAGAGGAUGGGAUUCUCAAACGUCGACGCAGAACAAGGCAUUAGGGAGAAUUAA